UCUUGCUUAUAUAAUACCUACAAUCGUGCUCUGAUCAAAACAGAGAGCUCUAGAUCCAUCCACCAGAAGAGAGCCAUUUAAUCAUGGUCAUGGAGCAAGUCUGCACCAAGCCACAGCUGCCGCCCCAGCUGCCUCCUUCUCCAACUGGGCUCCCAUUCAUUGGGCAUCUACAUCUCUUGGGUAAGCUACCGCAUCAAUCCCUCCUCAAGCUCGCCCAGCAAUAUGGAGAUGUCAUGUUCCUCAAGCUUGGUAAAGUGAACACCCUGGUCGUUUCCUCAUCCGAUAGUGCCAAGGAAGUUCUCAACACCCAGGACCAUAUUUUUGGUUCGCGCCCCAAGACGACCUUCAGCGAGACAAUCGGCUACGGUGGAGCUGGCCUGGCAUUUGCAAACGGAGAAAACUGGAAGAGCACACGGAAGGUGUGCAUGUACGAGGUUCUCACCACCAAGCGUGUGGAAUCGUUCCACCCUAUCCGCAAGUUCGAGGUGUCGCUCUUCAUGAACGAGCUGCUCAAGGCAUCGCGAGAGGGGUCUGUGGUGGAUCUGAGCAGCAAGCUGUCGGAUCUCACCUUCAAUGUCAUCUCAACAAUGGUGUUGGGUAAGAGCUACUCGGCUAGCGCUCUCAGUGAGGCCGAGAAGAAAGAGACCAUGUUUUUCAAGGAGACCCUCGACGAGGCUGCCAUUAUGGCUGGCUUCCAUGCAGGCGACUACCUACCAAUCCCCGACUGGAUGGAUACGCAAGUCAACAAGAUCAAGCAGUUGCAGCGGGAUCUGGACCAGUUCAUCCAGAAGGAGGUUGAAUCGCACCGUCAGCGGCGGGAUCCUGGCCAAGCCCCACGGGACUUUGUGGAUGUUCUCUUGUCUAACAGCCAUAUCAGUGACACCUCUAUCAAAGCACUGGUUGUGGACAUGGUGGGUGGAGGGACCGAGAGCUCCGCUGUGUCAGUUGUUUGGGCAUUGGCCGAGCUGAUCAAGAACCCACGGCUCAUGGAAAGAGCCCAGAGGGAGCUCAAGGAGGUGGUAGGAGAGGAUCGAAGCCUGGAAGAAUCGGACAUUCCCAACCUGCCUUUCCUGCAGGCAAUUGUCAAGGAAACAAUGCGCCUGCAUCCCCCAGGGCCGCUGCUCAUUCCGCACGAGUCAACCGAAGAGUGCGAAAUAGGAGGCUACACCGUCCCAGCACGCACACGGACAGUGGUCAACAUCUACGCCAUCGCCAGGGACGAAGACAACUGGGAGGAUCCUCUCAAUUUUGAUCCAGAUCGCUUCAUGGGCAGCAACAUCGAUCUCAAAGGAAGACACUUUGAGUACCUUCCGUUUGGCUCGGGCCGGAGAAUAUGCCCCGGGCUCAUGCUUGCAAUGGCCACGGUCCAGUUCAUUCUGGGCAGCGUGUUGCAUGGGUUCAACUGGCGCCUUCCCGGCGGCCAGACAAUCGACGACCUCGACAUGUCCGAGUCAUUUGGGCUCACCGUGCCCAAGGCAGUGCCUCUCAAGUUGGUUCCUUCGCCACGCUUGGAGCCACAGAUCUAUGUCAAGUCGCUGUCCCCCUAAGACAACGGUUUAUAUCAAUCGACAAAAUAAAGAGUUACUUGGUCAAAACGAGAUAAAGGCAUGUCUUUCGUAGCGAGCCAUAGCAGAUUCGUGCUGGCUAUGGCGCACGUUCCAGAUACUCAAGGCCAGGAGAUUUCAGGAUCAAGGCGGCAGUUAACACCCCACGACAUGUGGGUGUGGAACGAUGUGAAUCACUGGAAGCAUUGGCAUGGCAUUUGGGUCAUGUGGCAGCCACUCUUGUCCCCUGCGGUGAACAAGGCCAAUCGGUGCAUAAGGUCGCUGCGUGCUGACAACGAGGAGCGGACGCGGCUCUACCACCGGAAUCAGUGGUUCCCCGUGGAGGAUGAUGCCAAGACGCCGGGAUACACAUGGGCGUAUGGGCCAUGGAUCAUGGAGGAGGCCACUCACAGCCUACCCAAUGGUAUCUGGCACGGCGACAAGGAGGACUUCCGGAUCUUACAGUUUGAGAACGGUGACCUGGGCUGGCUGCAACUAGAGCUCAAGCCAGACGAUCCCAACUGUGUGGUCUUUGGUGAGGUUCACUUCAUGCUCCCAGAUAAGAAUGGUAGAGCGCCCGUCAUACUGGGAUAUGACAAAGACAAGCAGCUGGGAGCGGCCCUCAUGCUGGAAGAAACAUUAGAGUCGGAUGACAAGCCUCCUCCCGCAUGGCACGGCACGGUCUGGGAGCAACCGCGGGCCAUGGCGCAACUGGAGCAGAGCCGUGAUCCACCGCAAGGGAAGUUCAUCGGCAAAGAGACGAUACUAACCACGAGCUUGGUGCAGACCCAAAGGCAGGCCGAGUGGAAUGGUUUCACUGGAGGAGUGGGCAACCAAGGCCUAGACAACGAGUACGCUCUUGUUCACAUGCCUUACAAUUUCACAGCAUUCGCUCCGGCCAAGCCAGCCAUUGGUAAGGAGCAUGCUUUUGGGGUGA